ACUCCACCCAACCGAACACACCUACCCACACACAACCCCCCCCCCCCACCCCACACACACACAUAUAAACACACACACAUACCAUGAAGCGACUGUUUGGCGUCGGUGCCAAGAAGGCCCCACCCCCGUCGCUCUCGGACACCACAGGCAACAUCGACAAGCGAGUGGAUGGGCUCAACGAGAAGAUCCGCAAGCUCGAUGCCGAGCUACUGCGGUACAAGAAGCAGAUGGCCAAGAUGCGGCCUGGGGCGGCUAAGAACGGAGUCAAGCAGCGUGCGCUCCGUGUGCUGCGGCAGAAGAAGAUGUACGAACAGCAGAUGGACCAGCUGAUGCAGCAGUCGUUCAACAUCGAGCAGACGGCGUUUGCCAUCGAAACGGCACAGGACACGGUCCAGACCGUGACCGCCAUGAAGGAAGCCAACAAGCAGCUCAAGAAGCAGUUCAACUCCAAGGCGCUCGACAUUGACGCCAUCGAGGACCUGCAGGACGACAUGGAGGAUCUGUUUGAGCAAAACCAGGACAUCCAGGAGGCCAUGGCCCGCUCAUACGGCGUGGCGGAGGACUUUGACGAGGAGGAUCUGGACGCCGAGCUCGAUGCUCUCGGCGAGCUCGACGACUUUGACUUUGAGAUGGAGUCCAACGCCACGCCGUCAUACCUCUCCGACGUCUCUAUUCCUACCACUACUCCGGGCGCCGUUCCCGCCGCUGGCGAGACUGAGGAGGUCGACGAGUUUGGCCUCCCGCUGGUGCCUGCGCAGACUAUGGGCGCGUGA